UCAACAUUGUAAUUAGAUUGUGUCCUUAGUAUAAUUAUAUGAAUGUCCUUAUCCGGUAAAAUUAGAAAAAAUUACGUGUACCUUUGUUUAGCAGAUACAAUAUUAUGAAGCUUGUAAUAUAUUCUAAUUUGUUGUUCACCUAUUUGUUGAACCAUGAAGCCUUAAAUCAUUAUCAUGGCUCAUGGUGGUCUUCCCGAGCUUCUUCAGCAGCGGUACGACGAGAACCAUAGGGGAAGGAUGAUAUUCACAGGACAACAGUUGGGUCCGUUACGAGCCCGGAGUGUGCACAAGAUUAAGGAGUUGGACCCUCGAUUCCACGAGCCACUCGCACGGGCGGGACUACUACCUUUCGCUCUCAUGAUGGCCGGAGCUCCCAUGGAGGUCGGUGGUAGGACACCUCUCCCGGCAAUUGAUGAGGCACUGCUCACAGGUCUCGUCGACCGCUGGCGUCCUGAGACACACACUUUCCACUUUCCUUUUGGUGAGAUGGCAGUAACACUGCGGGACGUGGCCAUGCUGACCGGGCUGCCAAUAAGGGGUGCCCCGUUAAUAGUUUCGCGACCCGCAAGGGAGCAGUGGAAGGGUUAUGUUGCAGAUAGGUUUGGUGUGCAAUACGACGGGAAGGAUGCUGGCCUCUCCAUGUCCUGGGUUCAUGGGCUGACACAGUUCGGUCCAUGCCCACUGGAUGCGGACGAGAAUACACUUAUGCAACACUAUGAGGUGUACUUAUACGUCCUGCUCGGAGGCAUCAUGUUCUGCAACACGGCAGGCGAUUAUGUCGUCCCACAUAUUGUAUGGUUAGCAGCCCACCUCGCGUCACAUCCUUAUGAGCCUACAUCUUACAGUUGGGGAUCUGCAGUGUUGGCUGCAACCUACAGAGGAUUGUGUGAUGCAACCCAGCGAACAAAGAGGAAGGCAACCAUUACAGGGUGCUUACAUCUCUUACAGUUAUGGAGUUGA